UGUCCCAUAUUCGUACAAUGUUCUAAACCUGUGAUAUAAGCAAUUUGGGUGGUUCUUUUUGUAUUGUUUUAAUAGAAAAGUUAACAUCAUUGAGAAUGAGGUAACUUAGUUAAGUGCUCAACUAUGAAUGGAUUACUUUCAUUUUGGAUCUGGACCCUUAUAUAUUUGAGUUGGGGGUCGUCAUUGGUUUUGUCCUUGGAGGGUCUUUUUGGCACAGAAGGAGUUUGUAAGAAAGAUACCAAAGUUACAAAAAGCAAGCCUUCAAAAAUCUACGUGACUCACACGGAGUUGAAGCAAGUAAAGUGUGGCUUCUUAGGUAGACAUAACUGUCCAGAAGUUGUGACAAGUGGAAAAUGGCUCCCCCAACCAGAUGUGACAUGGGAGGAGACGAUAACGUCCGAGUACUGUUGUGAUGGGUACGCUGAGAAGGAAGGGCGUUGUGAACCGGAAUGUACUUCUGGAUGUAUCAACGGCAUAUGUAGACAACCCGACCACUGUAUCUGUGUUGGUGGGUUCUUGAAGAAAGAGGGAACUCAGGAAUGUGAACCUUAUUGUUCCACACCGUGUGGGCAGGAUCAGUUUUGCUCCAGGCCAAAUGAAUGUUCUUGCAACAGCGGUUUUGAGCCUGACAAAGAUGAUCCGUCAAAAUGCAAUCCCUCCACAGCACUAUGCAGUGUUCCCUGCAAUAAUGGUUAUUGUCCUGAACCUACAGUCUGUCUUUGCCAAGAAGGUUAUUUCUUCCAUAGCUACGAGGAACAGAAACAAUCUCGAUGCGACCCGAUCUGCUCCAAAGACUGUGUCAAUGCAGAAUGCACCGCUCCUGGCCAGUGUACUUGCCUCAAGGGAUAUUCAAGAGUGGACGAGACCGUUUGUGCUGAAAAUGUUUGUGAGAAACCUUGUGUCAACGGUUAUUGCAGUGACGAGAAGAAGUGCGAGUGCAAAGAAGGUUACAAACAUGGCGAGAAAGAUCCCUUCAUGUGCGAGCCGAUUUGCUCCAAGCCUUGUGAAAAUGGCAUAUGCAUUAAUCCUGAGGAGUGCACUUGCCUGACCAAUUAUGCCAUUAGCGAGGAAGAUCAUUAUGUAUGUAAACCUGUUUGCAAGAACGGUUGUGCCAACGGAGUUUGUACCUUGCCUGACGAGUGCACUUGCAAUAACGGAUACAAAAAAGAUAAAGAAAAUAAUUGUGAACCAGUGUGUGAGGAGGUUUGUGUGAACGGGUUUUGUUCCGCUCCAAAUACUUGCUCUUGUCUGGAGGGCUACGAAAAAGAUGUUUCAAAACCGUUGAGUUGUCGACCAAUUUGUUCUAAGCCGUGUUUAAAUGCUACCUGCUCUGCUCCUGAAACUUGCACUUGUUAUAGUGGCUAUGAAAAAGUUCCCAAUGACAAUUUCCGUUGCCUCCCAAUCUGCCAUGAGAAAUGUGUGAAUGCUGAAUGCUCAGACCCGGAAGUCUGUUCUUGCUUGGUAGGAUUUGUAAAAGACAUAGAUCGACCUAAUGUUUGUGUCCCAUUUUGUUCAAAAGGAUGCAAAAAUGGACACUGUGCAGCUUCUGAGACUUGUUUGUGUAACUCUGGAUUUAAAAUCAAUGAAAAAGAUCCAAGUGUCUGCGACCCAGAAUGCUCGGCAGAAUGUGUCAAUGGGUUUUGCUCUGCUCCUGGAGUGUGCACUUGUAAAGAAGGCUACCAAACGAAUGACAAUGAAAAGAACAAGUGUCAACCAGUCUGCAAACAGGAAUGCCAACACGGAACCUGCUCAGCCCCUGAUAAGUGCUCCUGCAAUGUCGGCUACAAAGAGACUAACAACCCGUUUGUCUGCAGUCCUCACUGUACAAAAGCUUGCAUCAAUGGAGCCUGCACUUCACCAAAUCUGUGUGAGUGCUUUCCUAACUACCAUAAAGACAAAGACGAGCCUCACAUAUGCCAAGCUGUUUGCGAAGAUGAAUGUGUCAACGGGUAUUGCAAAUCAAAGGACGUUUGUGAAUGCAGAGAAGGAUUUGUCGCCACAGACAAUCCAAAUUUUUGCGAACCUAUGUGCUCUUCUUGCACUAAUGGAGUUUGUGAAUCUCCAGAAAACUGUAAAUGUAAAGAUGGCUAUGAAAACCCACCUGAUAGACGGGACAUUUGUGUGCCUGUGUGUGAGGAGAAAUGUGACGAUGGAGAAUGUGUGGAGCCAAAUGUUUGUGGUUGCUCGAGAGGUUAUGAGAUGAAAGAUGGCUUUUGCCAGCCUCAUUGUUCAGGAUGUGAACACGGUGAUUGCAUGGCCCCUGGCAAGUGUCAUUGCCAUCCGGGAUACAAGGGGAAUAAGGAAACUGGGGGGUGUGAAGCAGUUUGUGACAUUGAGUGUGUAAACGGGGCCUGCUCAGCACCGAACGAAUGCUCUUGCCUUUGGGGCUUUGAUCUAUCAGAUGAAGACAAUAAAUGUGAUAAAAGUUUAGAUGACGAUAUAUACUCCUGUUUCUUCCAAGGUAACUUUCUGUCAAGGAAGAAGUCAGAAAUAUGCUUCACUCAGGAGCUUGAACUGAAACUGACAGAUUUGGACGAGUGUCUAUUUUUAACAUCCAUCGUCUUGAAAUAUCUUCAGGACUCUUCUAACUAUGAAGUGACUUUUGAUUGCAUACUAAAUUACUUUAGCAAAGAUGAAAAGGACCCAACACUCCUUCUGGAUUGUUCAACAGAAAAAGUUGUAGAUGUCUUAGACGAAAAUGACAAGUCUGGUAAUGAUUUGACUGGGACAAAGUGGAUUGACGAUGAUGGAUUCGACGAUGAAGAAGAUGAUGCAGAAGGCAAGUAUUUUGAAGAUAACUCAAAUCACACAGAAAACUUAGACAAUGAAUCAACUGAAAGAGAAACAGCGUUUAAAGGAGAUGUGAAACCUGUUGGGAAGGUAGCUCCCAAAAUCUAUUUGCCUCCUUUGUUGCCCACUUUUAUCAUUCAACCGGCCAAAUCAGCAGCAGAAUCCCAAAAACCACAAGCAAAAGAGAAAGAGGGCAGAAGCAUACAGGACUUGCUACAGACACCGAGCCCCAUCGUUGAGGAACUAGAUAAAAUCAAACCAGACGUACUACAAAAUACAAGGUUAGGAAUAAUACCAGCCAUUAAAACUGCCAUAGUUGAGAUAAAGAAAGACAUGAAAAAUUUACGGAAAGAGAUAAAAGAAAUUGAAAUGAGAGAGAAGGAAGAUAAGGAAGCAGACAGGAUUGCUAAAUUAAAAGGGAAGAAUAAAAAGGAAAGGGAAGAGGAUGAAAGUGAAAGCGAAAGUGAAAGUGGAAGUGAUGAUUCAAAGAAAAGUCUAUCUGCCAAGUUGGAUGAUUCUGAAAAGGAGUUUACACUUCAUAUACAUAAUGUACCAAGAAAUAUUACUCAGUUUCCUGUGGUAACCAAACUAAGCCACCUGCCAUUCAUAAUGAAACAGAAGAUUACAGAUGCGUUUUUCGAAGACCUAACAGAUGCUGAACUACUUUCAGAGUGGUGUCUCUGUGUAAAAAAUGACAACUCAAUGUGUUUGGAUGGAAAACGUUUCAAAAUGAAUCUUUGUCCUUGCAAGACCAAACCAGCACUCCCAUCUGUAGUAGGGGUGGCAGCAAUGCAAUUAGUCUAUUGGACUAUUGCCAUUGUGUUGGCAGUACUGCAAAUUUUCAUCAUUGUAUUCUUGGUGCGGCAUUGUCGCAAAUGGAGCAGAAGAAGAAAAGUUGCUGGUAUUAGAGAUGUUCAAGGGAAGAACAUGACUACAAACUCAAGCACUAGUAGUUUGCAAGUUCGUGUUAGUCUAGACAAUGAAAACACCUCAAACCCAACAGAGAAUGCCGAGUCCAGUUCCAAACUUUAAAUUUUGUUUUACAAAAUAUUGCUACUAAUUAAUUAUUUAAGUAUAUCAAUAUUUAUAAUUUUUGUCCGUU